UAGGGCAUCCCUCAAAACGCGAAAGCGCUGUCGCUAUAUAUAAACCAAGUAAAGAGGAGAGCGUUGUUUCUCUUGGCCGCUAAUCAAGAGAUUUCUAGGGUUUCUGUUAUACGAAGCCAUCCAGAAUGACCAAGAGAACCAAGAAGGCUGGUAUUGUCGGGAAAUAUGGCACCCGAUAUGGUGCGAGUUUGAGAAAACAGAUUAAGAAAAUGGAGGUCAGUCAGCACAGCAAGUUCUUCUGCGAGUUUUGCGGCAAGUAUGCUGUUAAGAGGAAGGCUGUUGGUAUUUGGAGUUGCAAGGAUUGUGGCAAAGUGAAAGCUGGAGGUGCUUACACUUUGAAUACUGCUAGUGCCGUAACAGUCAGGAGUACCAUCCGUAGGCUGAGGGAACAGACGGAGAGUUGAUUGUAUUGAAGAACAUGUUAUGUAUCUUUUGACUUUUGGAUUUUGGAGUCAUUUUGAUUGACGUUUUAUUGAAUUUCCCAAUUUCAUUUCCGGAGACUUUGUUAGUAGUUAAGAAAUUAAUGAAAACAGAUUAUGUUUGAGAAA